AUGGCGAAGCCCCACGACCUGUUCAACGGUCCGCCGCAGGAGGACGAUAUUUUCGGCAACAGCAAUCAGCAGCACGAGGAAGAUGCGUCCUCUCUCUUCGGGGGCAGCACUGCAUCGGGGCCUUCGUUCUUCGAUCAACUUGCGACACCACCAAAUGGGCACAACGAUUUUCCAGGUGGAGGCGGUAAUUUCUACAACACGCCAACGCCCCCUGCUGCGAAGAUGGUGUCGCCCUCCUCCUUCACCACUCCCGCGCAGCCCUACGCCCAGAUGCAGCCUUCCUCUGCCCAGCAAUUCGACUCGUUCGGCUCUGCUGCACCUCCCUCCCAUCUCGGCAUGCAGACCCAACACUCUCCAGCUGGGCCGCAGCUGCAUCAAGCCACCGCAGCCCCUACUACUCCUGCUACAGCUGCCCCACCGCCAGCAUCUCCCACGCAUUCAACUGCAGCAUCGUCAGCGGCCUCCAACUCGGGCAAUUUCAAUCAAUUUUCUACACCUGCGCCGCAGCAUAAUGGCGAAGAGCUGCCGGCCGACAUCUUUGCGUCGAGCGGCGAUGCAUUUUUCGAUUCCCUAGGCGGCCCAUCGACCAUCGCCUCUUCUCCCGCCAACGAUUUCUUCGCUGCUGCCGCCCAGCACCAGCAACCUCCCCCCUUUUCUCCUUCGCACCACAUCGCCGCCCCGUCGCAGCCGACGCACGCGCACCUCUCGUCUUCUCCCUCGCCGGCAGCUGCAACCUCCUACGCGUCGUCUCCCUCCACACCCUCCUCUUUCCCCUCCGCUCAGCCAGGUGGCGGUGCCUAUCCCGGCGCUACGCAUCAGCAUCCCAGCCCCGGCGGACCGCAGCAGCCGUCCCCGUACCAGCCCCAACAGCAGCACCAGCAGCACCCGCAAUACGCGCACCAGCAGCACCCGGCUUCGGCGCAGUACCCGCACCAGCAUACUCAACCUGGCGCGAGCGAGGCCGCGCCUGGCGCCCCCUAUGGCCAGCAGCCGCAUCAUCCCUAUGGCUCCGUGCCCAGCCCUGCUACUGGCGGCAUCGGUGCUCCGUCCCCCUUCAACGUCGCCGCCGGCGCCGGCGGACCCGUGUCCGUCUUCACGCCGACCAUGGCGCAGGCGCCGGGCAGCCAGGGCCGAUCGACCGCGCCUGCUCAGCAGCACCCUGGUGGCGGCAUCAACCCCUAUCCCCAGCCGCCUGCCACGGCGCCCGUACCCUUCAUGGGCCGCGGAGCGGGAGGCGCUGGACCCGGCUUCCCCACGCCUCCCGGCUCUUCGGGCGGUGCUGCUGCCGCACCCUCGGCCACGCCCACCAGCGCCGGAUCCGUGGCCUUCAAUCUUGGCAACGGCCCGCAAGCGCCCGCCGGCGUCUUCCAGCCCUCGGCCACGCCGACGCCGCCUGGCACCGGCGGCACGGGGCAGUUCACGACGUUCGUGCCCCGGCCCGCGCAGCCCGUCGGGCAGCCCACACCCGUCGGGUCCUCCCCGUACGGGGGUGCGCCGUCGCCCUUCGUUACGGACAGCUACCAGUCCCCUGUGGGACCCGGGUCCUCGAUCCCCUUGAACCGGCUCAGCACCAGCGCCAGCGCUUUGCCCCAGAAGCCGCAAGUGGACCCGUACGGCAGGACGAUGCUCACCCAGUCGAGCCCAGCGCCUCAGCCCGGACCCGGUGGCUACUUGCAGGCCAGCACCGGUGGCCAGCCGGGCGGCUAUCAGGCUCCGGGAUACGGCCCGUACAGCCCACACCAGCACCAGGGCCACCAGCACCACCGCAAUCGCUCUGUGUCGCUGCAGCCCAACCCGCAGCAGCUCUCGGACAUGCCGCGCGUGGCCUCCAAUCCCGAGUUCGCGCGAUACGGCGUCAUGUCGCCGCCCGGGUCGGGCGUCCCCGCGCAUCUCGCCCACAACCUCAGCUACCUCAACUCCAUGCCCGCCAUGCCGCCGUCCAUGGGCAACCCGCAGUAUGGCUACCCCGGGGGACAGCCAGAUAACGGAUAUGGCGGGCCGUACGGCGGACAACAGCUUCAGCAGAACGGCGGGUACGGCGGCCAGCAGGCCGGUUGGGGCGACAUGUCGUCGUCGUCGCCGAUGGGUCAGUACGCGCCCGCGCCGUACGGCAUGCAGCAGCAGCCGCAGGACCGGCUUCUCUUCGAUCGACCGCACGCCGUCGCCACGUUCGGCUUUGGCGGCAAGCUGUUCACCCUCAUCCCGCGUCGGAAGCGAAAGCUCAAUGUCUACCAACCGUCCGGCCCGCAGGAGGUUGAUCCGCAGAGCGACGAGCUGCUCCAGGGUCCUCUCAAGAUCAUGCCGGUCAACGAGAUCCUGAGCAAGACCAGCUUCAUGGCCACCUUCACCAGCUUCCCCGGACCGCUCAAGAACGCUUCCAAGGUCCGCGUCACAGACGCGGUGAACAAGUACGUGAGCAACAAGGCCUCGGGCGCUUCCGAAAGCGAAGACGCUAUGGCCGACCCCGAAGCCACGCAGCUGCUGUGGUCCCUGCUCAGGGUCAUGUGCACCCACUAUGGUGACCUGAGCCAGCAGGACGCGCUCAAGGAGGUGAGACAGGCACUGCUGGAGGGCAUCAACCCGACCGACUACAACGCCGCCUCGGCCGCGGCUAGCGGUCCUCUGUCCGGCCCAGCGUUGGAAGCCGCGGUGAAGCAAGUCGAGCAGCUGCUGCUCUCCGGCGAACGCGAGAAGGCCUGCCAUGCGGCGAUGGAAGCUGGCCUGUGGGGCCACGCCCUGUUCCUGGCCAGCCACCUCAACCCGCAGCUGUACCAGACGGUCUGCAAGCGAUUCGCCCAGUCUUCGAUCUCCGAGGGCUCGCCCCUCCAGACUCUCUACCUCCUCCUGGCCAAGUGCCCACAAGGCUCGGGCGGCUCCAGCGGCACGGCGGUGGAUCGCUGGCGAGAGAACCUGGCGGUCAUCCUGGCCAACCGCAUGCAGGGCGACGUCAAGGUCAUCGGCCAGCUCGGCGACAUGCUCUGGUCCACUCAAAUGCGAGUCGCCGCCGCCCAUUUCUGUUACCUGGUGGCCGAGACGCCGUUCGGGCCUUUUGAGAACCCCAACUCCCGCCUGAUUUUGAUUGGUGGCGACCACAAGACGCAAUCUCGACUCUUUGUCAGCCCCGAGUCGGUGCAGAGGACCGAGGUGUUCGAGUACGCCAAGGCCCUCGGCAACUCCCAAUACACGCUUCCGACGUUCCAAGUGUAUAAAUUUAUUUAUGCUGCCACGCUUGCCGACCUGGGUCUGCUCCAGCAGGCGUCCAACUAUUACCAGAGCAUCUCCGCGGUGGUGAAGGACCACGCGGGCAUGUGCAGUCCCGCGUUCCUUGCGCAGCUUCACGCCUUUGGUGAUAGGAUAUCAACGAUCGCGCCGGCUUCGCGAACGGCGGCGCUGGCCCCUCCCGGCUGGUUGUCUGGUCUUGUACAGAAGGGCCUCAGCGCGCUGAUCGGCGAUGAGAAGAGCUCACCGGCGGCCGGAGGAGCGGCGGCGUCGACCGAGAAGAUCGACGUGCAGGCCUCCGCCACCGUGUCGGCCCCCGGCCCCGCCUCUGUGCCCAUGGUCUCCGUCGUGACCGGCGGCAGCGGCGGCCAGCAGCCCGGCAUCCCGAGUGUCGCCGGCCCCUCGCCGGUGAUGUACAACCCAUCGACGGGGGCGGCGGCGAUGAACCCCGCGUCGAUGCCUAUGAUGAACCCGGCCUCGGUGCCGAUGAUGAUGAUGAACCCAUCGUCAGGGCCGGCCUCGUCAUCGCCGUAUCAUCAGCCGCAGCCGGUGAUGCACAACCCGGCGGCCGCCCACUUUGGCGCUCCCGGCGGCGCGCCGAACUUCAACGGUGCAUCGUACCACUCGCAGCCGCAGCAGCAGCCGGCCGACGAUUACGAGGAGGAGGACCUCAUGAAGUCGGCCUUUACCAAGCCGAAGCCCGGCGAGGAGAGCCGCCCCGGUACCCCGUCGUCGGUCUCUAUGGACAAGAACGGCGGCUCGGCCCAGGCGAACGGCGGCCAGAAGGACAAGCCUGCCGCCGAGGACAAGUCCGGUGGCGACGCGUCCGGUGCUGGCUUCUGGGGUCGGCUCGGCGGUCUGGGUCUGUUCAGGAAGAAGCCCACGGGCAAGGAGAUGAAGCUGGGCCAGACCGAGAACGAGUUUGUAUACAACGAGGAGCUGGGCAUCUGGCACGAGAAGGGCAAGCCGCCGCCCAAGGAGGAGCGCGGCCACUCGGCCCCUCCGCCCAUCAUGGGCGCCGGCCCCUCCGGGUCGGGCUCCCCGUUCCCCUCUGUCGGCGGCUACUCCAGCGGACCUGCUCCCCUCGGUGGACCCGAUGGAGGGAACCAGUUCACGAAGUAUGCGUCGCCGGCGCGAGGCAAUCGUCGAUACGUGGACACCUUCAACCCGGAACCGGCGCCCGGGAGCACGCCCGCCGCGGCGCCCAUGAGCGUGCCCACCCCCACGUUGAUGAUGCCCACGCCCGGCAUGCACCCCGCGUCUCCGGCGACGUCGGCGCCCUACACCGUCUUCACGCCCCCCAUGAGCCCGUACCAGCCGCAACAGUGA